AUGAGCGGGCACCAGUAUAAUAUGCCACCUGGGGCUCCAGUCUACAGCUCCCAACCACAGAUGUUCUACUCUGGGGCUCCUGUACAGCAACCAGAGUGUGUUUUCUAUGGCCCACAGUAUGGGGGCCAGCAGAUGUAUCAAGGUGUCUCUCAUCCCAGGCCCGGUCCAACGCCAUUAUUUGUCCCACCUCGAGGAGUAAGUAUGGGGCCUCCUAUGUACUCUCACCCCAUGCCUACUCAGGGGGCAUCUACCCACCAUCACCCACCACCCUCCCAAGGCCCGGGCCGCUACCCUUACCCCCAGGGCGGUGUUGGACGCCCACAACCGUGGUCAGCCGCAAUCACACCACCAUCACCUGCCUUGGUUAACCUCACGACUCAAAGCUCCCCUCAGAGUUUGCCAUGCUCGGUUCAGCUCCCUCCCCGACUUAAGCUUCUGGAGGAUUAUUGCAAAGCGAAACAACCUGCAGGAGUGGUAGCUGCAUCAGAGUCCUUUCUGGUGGCUGCCUCUAAUCAUGGCAUUGUUAUUGACCACCCCAAAUCCUCAACCCUGCAAUCUUCUUUCUCAACCCCUCCUCCUGGGUGGCAAGGGGCCACUGCAGACCCUUUCAUGAAGGCUGCAUCCAAUCAUGGCAUUCAUAUUGAGCUUCCAAAAUCAUCUCAGCCCCAGGAUCCAAAAUUAAUCCCCACAGAUUGGUGCUCUGUCCCUGGAAAAGACAAUGCUAGUGAUGUAAAUGGCGAAAGUUCUGGCUCUGUGCUAUUUAACUCGGAAGCUGUUACGACAAGGCCUGUUUGUGCAUCAGAUGCUUUAAAUCAGCAUGAGUUAGCGCUAACUACAUUAAUGCAAAGUUUCAUGGGAAAUGGUGACAUUGAACACAUAGAUGUAAAAAGCCAGAUUUCUGAAACAAACUAUGGGAAAAGCGUUUACAGCAGGUAUCAAAGUAAUGGCGAUAAAGAUCACAACAAGGAUGAUGUGAAAAUUGGUGUAAAGGAACAAGAAUGCUUGAAGCAAGAUACUGCUGAAGGUUGUGAGCUAGGUAAUGGUGAUAACACUUUCUCUGAUGAAAGUAUUGAUGUUAUUGAAGAUCAUGAGUUUCUGUCUGGCCAGGUUGAAUUAAGUACACAUUACUCUCAGGAUUCGGAACAAGAACUUGAUCACUCGAGUACAUUGAAAGGUAGAAAGAAUGAAGACUGUUAUGAUGAAGUUGAUGGGUCAGAGACUGUACACAGUGCUGCAAGUGUGCUGAAUGCUUUGGAGGAAAAAAUACAUGGAGAGAUAGUUAAAUUUGAUAAGCAAAUUGACAUGAAAAGAAAUCAAGAAGAACUGGAUGAUGACGAAGGAUUAGGCAAACUGACACUUGAAAAUGUGAAGAAAGAAUUAGAUAAUAAAGCUCAUGGAAAGUUUUAUAUGAUGGAUACUGGUGAAAAGGAUAAGAUUAUCAAAAAUUGGAUGAAGACCAUGGAAGAGGCAAGUGAACAGCAAGACAAACUUCUGACAAGUGUUAACGAAGACAAGGUGUCACUUGGAGAAGUUGCUGCAUCUGUUGUGAAGAAAGCUAUUGCUAAGGGAGUGCUAAAGUGGGUGGUAGGUCAGAAUCUCACUGUUGAAACUAAUCCAGUGAUUCAGGAGAAUGUGGUUUCUUCCUCAGAAUCUGACUUAAACGAGGAUAUUAUUGGUGUUACUGUUAGUACAACACCUGAUUUGGAUGAAGUGGUAUUGAAGUCAACAGAGGAAAACAAUAAUGUUGUGUUUGUUAAAGGUGCUAUGGAUGAUAGGCAUAGACGUAUCAGUCAAGAUUCAGAUAUAACUGUCUCAAAUAGAAAGGUCAAAAGUGAAUUGGUGGAUACUGAACCUGUUCCUAGCACUUCAGAAAGAUCAGGCGAUGAUUUUGAAAAGUUUUUCUUUAAGUGUAAGGCUUCGCAACAUGGCAUUGUGAUUGAAAGCCCUGGGAAAAAGGGUGAAGUUCAGAAUCAGAUGAAAGAGAGCAAAGACAAUGGUAUGAAAAAUGAGAAUGACAAUGCAAGAAAUGAACUUCCAUUUAAUGAAAAUCUUAUUGAGAUCCCAAGUGGUUUACGUUUAGCCAGAAAACGAACAUUGUCAGAAUUAGAUUCAGGAAACACAAGCAGAGAAGGAUCUCAGAGCGAUUCUCUGGAUGCAUUUAAAAUGAAGGCGCUGCAAAGAGGUAUUACGAUACAAGAUUCCAAGGAAGGUGUAUUGGACAGUGAUGCUGAACUGGAACUGUUAAACACUUCAGGAAGAGUAAGUAGGGGAUCCAGCAACUCUUCAGAAAGAUUUAGUAGGCAAUCCAGCGUGGAUACUGCAAGAGUGAGACAUGCCUCCACACCAGAUCCUUCUCUCACAAUUCUAAAUCCAUCUUCGCAAGAGAUGAAACCCAGAAGGAAAAAUGGUGAUUUGAAGUUGAGGUCUGAUGCUCUUGAGUUUGAAACAGACUUAUUAAAUGCUUCUUUUGCUAGUUCAGGUAUAAGCGAAGGUUCUCAAAUACGCGCAGAAGCUCCGGAAUUCGUACCAGGGAAAGAGCUUAAUGCUCGUACCACAAGUUUCAAACCAAAAGAACAAAUCCCUAAGAAACCAAAGAUAUUCUAUAUUCCAACUCCGAAAGAAGAAGUACCAAAUCCCUCUGUCUCAAUUCAGGCAACACCAAAUAUCAGACAUGUAUCAAGUGAGACCAAAAGGUUCAGGAAGAAAGACUGUAGCACAGAAACUAGUAAUUGUAUCACCAGAGAAGUGUGUGUGAAUACGGACGAAAGUCAUGCUAAAGAAAGUCUGGGAGGUAGAACCAUAAAGACAACUGCGAGGUAUGUAACGAAGAGCGUUAACACUGAUGUACCAGCUAAACGUACUGUAGGAAUCAAUGUGAGAAUGAAACCACCGGCUAAGGUUGCCAAGGAAACGAUGACUGAUGCGCUACAUGUGCAAGAUGAUGCGAGCAAGGCUGAUGUGACCUUUUUAGCUGACAAAGUGAAGGCUUUACAGUCAGAGCUGGUGAGAAGAACAGAGAGAGAUGUCGUGGAGAAGCUGACAACCAUGAAAUCCAGCCUGGCCAAUAACGUAGCUGGGAUAUCUCCUCUGUUUACUGAUGGUGUGGAAAGAGAUAUGCUUAGGAGCAUGUUCCACAGUAAAUUGGCGAUGAUAGACGAGGCGAUCGUAGAGUGCAAGGAGGCUGCCAAGAAGAACAUGAGCCUUAUCCAAUCUGGCUGGGUGCUAAACGAGAUUCCAGACUUCCAGUCUGUGAUUCCAGAAAUGUCUCAAUCGCCCACCAAGAAGUUAUCCAGCCCUGCACGGCCUCUUAUUAAACCUGGCAACCUGCAAGCUAGCCCCCUAAAGUCCCACCCUGGGGCUCGGAAUGAACUGCCCAAACCAAGGGCUCAACAGGGGUCAAAUAGCGUUGCUUUGGUAACUGAUGUGAGUGGGGUCAGUUCGCUGAUCGGAUCAUCAACGAAAACAGUGCUGACACUUUCAAAACCCAAGCUGGGCACUUCAACAAACUCGGCAAAGCCGGUGUUGUCCAUGUCCUCUGCAGCAAAUUCUGAAGGGAAAUUCCCCAUCAUUGACCUGAAUGCCAUGAAAACUAGAAUCACCAACGAGCCUGCAGCACAGAGUAUUCCGUCACGUAAACGCAGACGUGACUGUCUUGAAAAACCUAGAAAGGAAAAGGAUGGGUUAGAAAUUGGGGCUAUCCAAGAGUUGAAGCACCCUGGGAUUGAAGAAGAUGUAAAGAUGGGGUAUAAGGCUGCUUUUAGGGUUGAAAGAACAAAUAAAACUAUAGAUGUCACUGAGAAAGUGAAUAAUGAAAUGUUUGAAGAAGAAAAAUUAGGAACUGUUGCUAGUGCUGAUGAUGAGGGCACAGAUAAAGAGGCAAAUGAUACUUGUGAUGUUAAACUGCCACAUCUGAAAAUACAGACAGUAUGUGGCACUGUGGAUGAUUCUCUCAAUGUUUGUUCCAGUGAUCUAAAACCAAGUGUCUCACAUGACAAACAAACUGUCGAUAAAACACAGCUUGUAGAUACUACUCAAGCAACAGAUAACAUCAAAUCAGUUGAUAAAGAUAAUCAUGUUGAUGACAAAAAACCUGUAAAUGACACGCUCCAAAAAGCUGACAUGAAGAUGACUGACACUGAAUUUGAAGACACAAAAGCAGUAGAAGGUUUGAUGAAGAAAGAAAAGACCUGUGCUCAAUCCAAUGGUGGAAAACGAGACAGAGUGGUUGGAAAUAUGAUGGAUGUGGUAGAUGACAGCGAGGAGGAACCUUCCAACAAUGAGACGGAGGAAGAUAAAGACAUCGGUAAUGAUGAUGGAAGUGAGAAUUGUGAAGAUAAACUAGUUGAAAUUGAAGACGGAGAGAGAUAUGAAAGUGAUAACCAGUCUGACAAGGCCAAUGAUGAAUCAAACAGAACAGGGAAAGAUAUGUAUGAAUUUGAAGAAGCUGAAAAGAAAGUAGAUUCUGAAUAUGAAAGGGCAAAGUUGUUUGAAAAAGAAAUACAACAUAUGGCUGAAUGUCUAAACAUUAAGAAGGAAGAUGGCAAGGUUGUCAAUGAUAUUUGUGGGUCAGAGAAAAAAAAUGAUAAAAAUAUCAUUACGGAGAAGAUGUGUUUGGAAUAUGAUAAACAAGAGAUCGACAACAAUCAGGCAAGUCCAUUGUUAGAAAAGGAGAAAGCGUUCGAUAACAUUGAUGAAGAUGAGUUUCACUCCUAUACAAUCGAUUCAGGACUAGAUACUGAAAAUGUGGUAUCAACAGAAGUCACACAAGUUCAAAAUGCUGUAAGUGGUUCCAACCCAAUCAACUCAGUAACUCCGAUGCAGGCCCCAGGAAUGCUUGGAAACCUGGAUCCAGUGUUGUACCAGCUAGUUUUUGAGCAGUUGUUGCAGACAUAUCCAGAGCUUGCCUAUUCUCCAGGGAUGCUAGCAAACUUGGCCAUGCAACAGACUGGUCUGGUCCAAAUGAAUAUGCAGGGAAUGCAGGGCGGGGCCAGUAUGGUUCCUGCAGUUAUUGCGCCAAUCAUUGGCCCAGGGCCUGGUUUAACACAAGGGUUUGGUGAACCCGCCUUAAAUGGAGCCAUGCAGAUGCCUUCCAACAAACAACAAGUGCUUGCUCCAAGUAUGUCUUCUGUAGAUCAGUCAGGAAAAGCCAUGCAAAUGCCUUCUACAGGUUCAAAAGCACCUAUGACAGCCUCUGUAAAUCAUUUGGGAGCAGCCAUGCAAAAACCUACUGGUUCACAAGCACCUACAGCAACUUCAGUAAAUCAGUUAGGAGCAGCUUUUACUGGUUCACAAGCACCUAUGGCGGCCUCUGUAAAUCAGUUAGGAGCAGCCAUGCAAAUGCCUUCUACUGGUUCACAAGCACCUAUGGCAGCCUCUGUAAAUCAGUUAGGAGCAGCCAUGCAAAUGCCUUCUGCUGUUUCACAAGCACCUAUGGCAGCCUCUGUAAAUCAGUUAGGAGCAGCUUUUACUGGUUCACAAGCACCAAAGUCAGCUUCUGUAAAUCAGUUAGGAGCAGCCAUACAAACACCUUCUACCGGUCCACAAGCAGUUGUUCCUAAGGUACCUGCUGUAAAUCAAUCUGUGGCAGUUGUGCAGAGGUCAUCUAGAAGCAGUUUGAAAGACUUCAGAAACAUGCUUUCAUCUGGGAAAAUAUGUGACCCAAGCAUGGUCGCAGACAAAGGGGAUGCUUACACUGCAUUGAGGAAACCCUUUCCUGGAACUAUAGACACAAACCUGAUUGCCAGCAAGCCACCAGGGUUCCAGGAAAAGACUAAAAUCAGCCAAACUGAAUCUGCUGUAAAGGAGAAAACAAAGGAAGAAAUGAAUGAUGGACUUGACAAAGAAAAAUGUAUACUUAAGUAUUUCUCUCAGCCUGAGGUAGCACCAGUCUCAAGUCAGAGGUCAAGUACUGACAUUAAUCCAAGCACUGGCUUAUCAGUUAAGGUUAAUGAACCGUCAAAAGACUUGGAGAAGUUAAGCUAUUCCAAUGAAAGCAAGUCCAUCUCUUCAGAUCCCAGUUUCCGAGAGCCUAGCGUUCCAAAACCAGGCGUUGCACAUCCCAAACCAUCAGUGAUUGUCACUAGGAAGGAUCUCAACUGGCUAAGCAUAGGAUCAAUGCCAAAACCUCCAUCCAUUCCGUCCAGCUCUGAAAAUCAUAAUGUUGCACAGUCUGUUUCACCUUCAUUAUCAUCUGCUGCAUCACAGUCUGACUUUAUGCCGGAGUUUGCCAAGCGUCACAACCCUGAGAUAACACGUAAAAGUGUUGUGGAUCACUUCGUGCUUAAACCUAGCGAGCAGGUGGCUCGGUCUUUAGCAAAUGCAGAAAAGGAGCUGAGUUUUGUGUACAAGCCACCUUCACCCCCGCCCUGUGACACAUCCGAGUGUUACAAUGUACAAAAACAGGUUGACCCUGAAGCUGUAGAAGAUGCCAUGUUGCAGAAUCCGAUCCCAGAUAUGGACCCUGUCUCUGCCCUCUACGAGUAUUGCCAGGCCUGGGGAGAAAAAACCACCUUCGAGGUCAUCUCUCGGGAAGGACCCCUAAACAAGCCAGUGUUUACAAUGAAAGUGACCGUUGGUGUGGAGACGUUUGGCCCAUGUAAGGGAUAUAACACCACGCUGGCGAAGAAAAGUGUUGCCUGUGUUGCCCUGAAUGCACUCAACAAGAGAGGAUCGCUGGAAGCCUUCUUUAAAUCGAAGGGUGCACAGUCCUCUGGUCGAAUACGGAGACCUUCUGCUCGAGAGACUAGCACCAACCAGCCUCCAGUUGCCGUAACCAGAACAAGGUCAAGGUCACUGAGUCAGUCUGACUCAGCCCCAAGCUAUAAUCAACCCUCCUUUGGUAAUAACCGUCAACCAUCACCUGGGCCAUUUUCAAGGCGUCAACCAUCACCUGGGCCUUUAAAUAGACUUGCACCAUCCCCUGGGCCUUUAAAUAGACUUGCACCAUCCCCUGGACCUUUAAAUAGACGUGCACCAUCCCCUGGGCCGGAAAACAGACGUGCACCAUCACCUAGUCCGUUUGAUAGAUGUCAGCAGUACCCUGGGCCGCUAAAUAGACGUGAUCCAUCACCUGGGCCAUUUAAUAGACGUGCUCCAUCGCCAAGUCCAUUUUCGAGACGUGCACCUUCCCCAAGUCCAUUCCAACGAUGCCAGCAGUCGCCAUCGCCAACACUCAACCAGCAGCCAAUGGCCAGAGUUUCCCGUGAGUUGUCGAGCGAAAACUGGGAGGAUGAAGUGGACAAUUUUGCUCCAACGUUCACCCUACACUAUGAUAAGAAGAAAAAGAUUUCCUCAUCAGCUUUAGAGUCAGGUGCCAAAAGCAAAACUGCAGAUUUGACAAACCCAUUCCUUCACCCAGUGGACAAAUCUGUGCCAGCUCCCAAGCAUAAGGGUAUUACUGGCUUGUGUGAUAUAGAGUUGCCAAAAUCUGCAAAGGAGAAGGAUGAAGAUGAGAAAAAAGAACCUGUCGAGGAAUGGUGUGAGGUACAAACGAAGCGUAAACGUCAUGCCAGCAAGGAACCACAGAUAGAAGUGCACAAGUCUAGUGCCCCAUAUGUGCAAACUGCCGCCCCCUCAACCACAGCAGCCAAGACAGCCAAGUAUUCCAACUUUGAGAGGCUUAUUGGACGGAUGCAGGAGGAAUAUCCAGAUGUUGAGAGGAAAGACUUGAUAGAUGCCAUUCAAAAGAUUCGGAAGGCAAAGAACAGCCUGAGUGGCCUGAGUAUGCAGACCAUUGUGGAAAUGGCCGGAGAAUAUGUCGGCAAGAAAAAGAUCCCUGGUCACUGGGACAACCCUCGGAAGCCUAAGACUCUUGUUCUGCCCCCAAGAUUUUCUUCUGUGGCCUCCAAGACUCUUGAUGACCCAGAUGAAAACAUCUGUGUUAUUUGUCACGAAGGGCUGACCACAGAACCUGUGAAGGAGCUUGACUGUAAACAUGCUUUCCACACGCAGUGCAUCGCAAAAUGGGUGAAAGUUGAUAGAACAUGUCCUACAUGUAGAAAACUGGCCCUGUUCCCUGAAGAAUACCCUCUCCUUGGGAAGUAGGAGCCUCCCUUUGGAAAAAGUUCCACAAUUGUUUCCAACAUUAAAGUGAAACAUGUUAAUUCAUGUUUUGGUCUAUAAUACUGUGAAUGUUUAUCACGGGCCUUUUUGGUGAUUACAUUUAAAUCAUGUUGAUAUACUUCAAUGUACAUCCAUGAUGACAAGGCCUUACUUAACUUUAUGCACCAUAUAACAAUGUUUACUAUAUCAUGCUAUGGUUAAUUUGUUAGUUCAUUUUGAUGUUUGUAUCUUGUUUUACUAGUUGUAAGAAAUGGGAAUCUCAAAAUCAUGUCAAGUGUCAUGUAAAAUAUUCCCUUGAUUUUCAUGUUCAAGCUGGUAUGUUUUUCAUUAAAAACUUGUUGAGGUAUUGUGACAGCCUGGGUGUCGUCGGUGUAGUCAUGCGAAAACUUCAAACAUGGCCAUAACUCAAAAACUGUUAAAGAUGUGAAUAAAUAAAAUUUGGUUAAUAUGUUGCCAAACACAAUUAGCACUAUCAAGGCCCAUAACUCUGGGGUUUAAUAUGUGGAGAAUUAUGCCCCUUGUUCAUCUUAAAAUAUAUAGGGAGUUAUGCCCCUUGUUCAUCUAAAAAUAACAGGCCAACAUCUGUGUUCGAGUGAUCAUUUAUGAUCUAACUGUGAUGUUUUGUGUUAAAAUGCUGUUAUCGGCUAUUGUUAAAAGUAUGACCUUUAUGUAUUAUUGUUCUAUACCUUUACAUACAGUGUUGAAAUACCAACUGUUAUGAUUUAUAGUGUGCUAUCAUACUGUGUUGAAAUACCAACUGCUAUGAUUUAUAGUGUGCUCAUUAAUACUUACGUCCAUAGGUUUUGUUUUUUGGAAGGCAGACAUAAAUUACAUCAGGAAUAUUACCUAGCAAUAAUCAAAGAUAUUUCUGAGAUUUUUUUUGCCCCAGUGGAAGGGACAUUGUUGGUCCAAUUUGCAUUAAUCAUCACAAACAUAAGUUUUCAGUUUCAUUUCUGUUUUGUUAGAGCAUCAUUUACUAAUGUAUUACACCGGAAUUCUAAAAUUCAGGAUUUAUCUGCACUUUCCGGAUUUAGGGGCCCCUUUUGUGAUGGAUGUAUAUCUGAUCUGUUUCUUCAGGGUCGGGGUGGGGUGGAGGUCUUAGAAGGUCUAUGAAAGGCCAAAAUGUGAUGCUGAGAUGCAUUUUAGGAAAUCCAAAUGAAAUACCCAAAACUUUUUUCAGCUUGGGAUCUUAGCAUGCUCCUAUCCCUCAAACAGGGCUCUCCCACUUCCCAAGACCUGGAUUGAUAAUUAUCAGCUGUUAUAGCCCCUGGUUAUAAUUAUGGUGUAUAUUUCGUUUGACAAUUGCAAAUGCCAUUGUAUAUGAUUUGUGACAAAUGUUCUGAUUUCACAUAAAAAAGUUUUCAUUUUAAAACAGACCAUCUGACUUAUCGUAUUGGUUGAAAAACUGAUAUGAAUUAUGUCAUAGAUAUGAAUCUCAAGUCAAAACUUUAAGUAGAUAAAGGUUUAUGCAGUUUAUUUGUCCUACCAUAAUGUGUACAAAAGAUAUCUGCAGGGCUUUAAUUUAAAACAAAAUUGUACUCCCAAAUUUAUGUGAGUGCUGAAAAUUUUAAUUUGCACAAUGUUAAGUUUACUCGCAAUUUUUUUUCAUCCCUUUAGCCAUAAGCUGUCGUCGAUUUUAAAUAUCCAUGCAUAAAAAACUUGUGAAUAUUUAGCUUGUCAUGAUGAAAGACUGACUCAAAAUUGAUACUAUUUCAGCCAAAUACUUAAAUCGAAACAUGAAUAACAAUCCAGAAAGUGAGUUAAGCGUACCACACUUGUAUGCAACUUGCAUUUUCCAAUUUUCACUGGCAUUUUGAGAGUGUGCAAGUGCUAAAUUCGAGCCCUGAUCUGUAAUAUCAGUUUAAUUUAUCAGACGUUUUAUGUUCAGUAUUAGCUGCAAUUACCUUAAUGUGUUCAGAUAUCUCAGUCAUUAUAAGUUAUUAUACAAAUGUACAUUUCCAUAUUCAGGCCAGUAUUACUUCUAUAAAUAAUUAAUGUCACCAGCAUUAUUUAUAUUUUAUGUUUUUGCAAAAAAAACACAUUUAUAUUAUAUAUGAAGUCUACAUCAUUAUAUUUUUUUUUUUUUUUAUGACUAGUGAAAUAACUAGAUGUGACAUCAUAAAACAUUAUUGUUGAAACUAUGUAUGCUACUUAACAUUUGAUGUAUUCCGAGAUGUAAAUAAUUAUGAUGUUGGUAGGUCGGUAAAUCUUUUGACUUUAUUUUUUAUAAGGCAAAUUGUUUUUUUUUAGAUUUUUCCGGGCCAGAAAUUAUAUUCUUAAAAACAUCUAUAAAAUCAUUAGCCUCACUGAUUUUGUUAAAAGCCAAAAACUCUUAACUUUCAUAAAAUAUAACAAGUGAUAAAAAAAUAUUUCUCAAGGCAAGAAAAAAGGUUUGGGGUUGGGGCAAAAAAAAUGAAGGUAGACUGGAAACAAACAAAAAAUUUAAAACCUUAUUUAAGGCUUGGAUUAACGAAAUUCUGUUGCUGUUUCAAGCUUUUAAAAACAAAUGAAUCACUUGAUAAUGUUGAAUUGUAAUAAAAAGCUGUUAAAUAAAUUUUGCAAGUAUAGGGCAGGAAAUCAAGUGAUAUACUACACAGCUAAUGUAUUCAGUUUAGUUUCCAUCAUGAUAUGCAUGUACGAUGAAUCUGACUAGUUAAAGGGGUAAAUUGUUUGUUUUGAAAGUGGUGUAUAUAGCAAAAUAUUGUUUUUUGUUUAGAUAUUAAGAAAUUACUUGAUUAUGCAGUUAUUGUUACUUCUUUCCUUUAAGAUAAAUGGGUAAAAAGCCACUCGGUGUUGUCAUUACACUAAGGAUUUCUCUUUCUGAUCCGCAUUUUAGACUUUUUAACCGGAAGUGAACAUAUUUACCCUAACACCGGUAUGUCACUUCUGAAAACUCCACAUGCUUCAGUUUCUCUUUUCUUGCGAGUGUUCGCUUCGUUUUGUAAAAAUUAGACUUCGAAUUAUAUUUUAAUUAUUGACGUGUUAAUAAUCAAGUUAAGACUUUGUGGUUUAUGUCUGCUGGUCAUGGCGUCGAAUAAAUCGAUUGAGGAUGGAGAAAUUCUCUCUGAAGUGGAUUCUCUCUGAAGUGGACAAGUACUCGGACGGGACAAACCCGUCGCCAUUACGUGAAUUUGUGGGCACUGGCGAAAAUGAUGAAAAUUUGCCUUCGGUGUCACGUUCUAGUGACUAAAAGACCAAAGAAACCUUCCAGAUAUGGUGAACAGAGUAAGCGUUUCUCUGUCAUUGAAGCUAUGUUGAAAAAAAUGUUGGAACAAAACUCAAAUUCAGAACAGUCUGUUCAGAGACAAACUCGUGAACAGCAUGGUGUACCAGUCUCCUCACAAAGUUGAGCUGUAGUUUCGGAUGAUGAUAGGGACAAUUUGUCUAUGUUCGCAUAAGGUCAAAUAUCAAGCCAGAACUCUGAUGACGACAAUGAGUCGGUUACAGAGCCAUGUGUGGUCAAAAACAGAACACUAAAAGAAACUAACUUGUCAGAGGAAAAGAAGGUGUUUAUAUGGCAUGUUUGGCGGCGACGCCAUUGUGAAAUCUGACAAGAAAGAAGGCCUAGUUCUAGAUCAAUCACAAAUUGUGGUCCUGGAAAACAGCUACAGGUCGAAAGAACCUAACUUUUUAUCGUCUUUUUCUGAAGAAAAUUUUGACCAGUUCCCUGUUGACUCAAGGGUCAGAAAAAUUGUUAGAAGUUCCAUCUUUAGAUGAUUUAGUGAAAGGUUGCCUGACUAAUAGAUACGGAAAUAAGGCUGCUUUUGCAAAAAAUAAAUGGAAAAAUUUGUUCGGACAGCCAGCAAAAAUGGUCAAGAAAAUUAGUUAUAAAGGCCAACAAGCAGCUCGUUUGGGUCUAGUCAUACAAAUGUACAUCCAGCAGAGUUUAGGUAACUUACUACAGU